GAAAACAUUUUGUGUUAUUUUAUAAAUACAUAUUACAUUAGCAAUGGGUUUGACAACUGAGCGACUGUUAGCCUCCGGUGUGUUAUUUUUGAUAACAUUAAUUGUGGGAACGGUUCCCGUAUAUGUGUUCCAGUGGUGGAACCGCCGGCGGAGCACCCGAUCGGUGGUCAUCACCACAAACGAGAGCCACCGGACAGUACUUUCGUCUAAUUUUUACGUACAACUCAUGACACAAAUAGGCGGAGGAAUAUUGUUCUUCACAGUCAUCGCUCAUAUGAUACCAGAAAUCAGAGAAAACUUUGAUAAUUAUAUGGCCAGCAAUCAGUCGUUUAUUAAUUGUGAUAAUAAGAGCGAGUUUGUGAAAGCCAUAGAACCGCUUAAGCUGCCAUUCCUCGAGUUAUCCAUUUGUUUGGGUUUUUUUGCCGUAUAUUUGGCCGAAGUGUUGAUGCAUUCAUUGCUAGACAUUCACGACAACGAUAGCAAUCUUAAGGAAGAGGUCUACGAUUUUGAUAAGAAAUCCCAAAUAAGUAGCAUUGAGUCCGAACCCAACAGUUCCGCACCCACUGUCAGAGAUGAAGACCAACCGGUGCUCAUCGCUAUUAGAUGUCAUAAAUCCAAAUGCGAUAUAUCGACACAUAUGCAUAAUGUGGUCAAAUUAGAGCCCCUAUACAUACGACUCGUUCACGGAUUAGUGAUUAUAUCAGCCUUUUCUAUACACUCUAUAUUUGAUGGCAUCUCAAUCGGUGUGAAGACUACACGUCCAGAGAUCUGGACAAUGUUUAUAGCGAUCGCUUCCCACAAGUUUAUGAUUUCGUUGAUAUUAGGGAUUGAGAUCUACGAAAAGUGUCAUAACUUUUUAUUAGUUGUGUUUCAAAUGAUACUCUUCUCAAUCAUGUCACCAAUCGGUAUAAUAACAGUUAUAUUAACCGAAAAUUCAUACGAUAUUAACGGAGAAGAUAAUCCGUUUACCAUAUUCUUGAGCGCAAUGGCUUCGGGAACUAUACUGUAUAUCGUAUUCUUCGAGAUCUUACAGAAAGAGAGGGCGACUAAACUCAAACCUAUUGUACAAUUCCUCGCUAUAUUCAUAGGCUUUGGAUUAAUGUUUUUGGUGACAAUUACCAUAAGAGAAGAUUAGACAAUUAAAAGUGCAUUUCUAGCGAAUAUGCACUUGAAAUAUAACUUAAGAGACUUUUGUCCUCAAUGUUUAAUAUAUGUAAAUAAUUGUUUGUCAAGAGAUAUCAUUUGAUAGACGAGACUUAUGUUGAAAUUAAUUGCUCAUUAAUUAUAUCAUAUAUAAAAACAACUUAUUUAUCACAUAUUAUUAAC